UCGACGGUGUGGAUCUCUUGGGGAAUUUCUCUUAUUGUAAGCUAUCUAUACCAGCCAGAAUCUUGGCCGCAACAAUUAUCUUCUGCCUGCCUGCCUGCGAGACAAUUUAGGUUUCCCCUUCAAAAAUCUUUUAAACAAUUUACGCUGCCCUUCAAUCUAUUAGUUCGUAAUCAUCAAUAAAUCGAUCCUCUAAUACAUCCUGACUCAGCAUCAUAUAUUGGUUGUUCUCCAUGCGUUUAGCCUCCUUUCCUUUCUGAAUUUUUAAUCGUCGCGUCAAAGAUUGUUUCUUUUUCGACCGAAUUGCGAUUUACUUUCGAGGAUCAUGGACGAAUUUGGAGUUCUCGUUGAGAGCAUUGGAUUACGAUCCCAGGGAAAAUCUACCCCCUUGGCUGAAUUGAAGCCCAAACCUAAAUCCCAAUUCGCGGCACAUGGCAGCGCUAAUACGCCAGCGUUUGAUAAUUCGUAUUCCUUGCCCGUCGAUGAGCUUGACGGAAUUUUUCGAUCCAAUUCUAACCCUCGUAGAACUCAGCAACCGCAAGAUUUCUUAGGCGGCGGCGACGAUUUUUUUGGUGGCCCCGUUUCGAGUUUCCACCAAUCCGGGGAGGUUGAUUUGGAAUCAGUGUUUAGUAGCUCGAGUAAUAGGAAGAGCAGUGGUAACAAUUCAAAUUCAAGGAAUACGGUGGGUUUCAACGAUGUUGAUGAUUUGCUAGGGUCACAGGCCGGGCCGAGAGAUCAUGUUGAUGAGUUGCUGAGAUCAAAUGCAAAACAGGGAGAUCAUUUUGAUGGUUUGCUGGGAUCAAAUGCCAACCAGGGAGAUCAUGUUGAUGAUUUGUUUGGUACUUUUAGGUCGAAUUCUUACAGGAAAGGAGAGGGAAGGGGAACUGGAUUGGAUGAUUUGAUUCCUGGAUUUGGAGGAGACGAUCCUGCUAAGACUAAAGGAAACUCUGAGACAAAUGGCCGUCCAGCUAACUCAAGCUCCACUUUUGUUGACGAUCCUUUCCUAGUCUUCGAAUCAUCUGUAUCACAGCCAGAUACCUCCUGGCCAUAUGGUGCGCCUUCUGACCGUGGUAAAGGAAAAGUUAGCUCUCAAUCUUCAUUCGAUGAAUUUGAUGAGUUCAUCAUGGCUGGUGGGGCAAGUGGUUCAACAAUGGAUGGUGGGAAGGCAUCCUCUAACAGGCCAAGUUCAGGCACAGACUCAAAUGCUUUUGGGAGUACCAAUUAUGUGGAUGACAUCUUUGGUGGUGGUAAUGGUGUGCAGCAAAACAAUGCAGCAAGACCAAGUCCUGUGGUUCAGGAUUCACUCUUUGGUGAUUUUAUGCAUGAAGAGAAGGGUACUGAGGUGAACCAGAGGUCAUCAUCCUCAUUCAACACGAAGAAAGCCACCUCGGGUGCUACAAAUGUGGGCAUUGAUUUUACUUCACUCUUUGGAGAUGUUACCACUUCGUCUGGACAAUUUCAGGAGAUUGAAGGGGAGCCUGAAGAGAGAAGAAGAGCUAGGUUAAAUCGUCAUAUUAGAACAAAUGCACGCAUGGCAGAAGCACUUGCUGAAAAGAAUCAACGGGAUCUCCAGAGCCAACAUGAACAAGAACAAAAGCGCAGGCUUGCUCAAACUUUGCAUAAUGAUAUACAGCGUUGGGCCACAGGAAAAGAAGGCAACUUACGUGCCUUGUUGUCAUCGUUGCAAGAGGUUCUGUGGCCUGAAUGCGGGUGGCGACCAGUUUCAUUGACGGACAUGAUCACUUCAGAUUCAGUCAAGAAGGUUUACAAGAAGGCAACCUUAUGCGUCCAUCCUGACAAAGUCCAACAAAAAGGAGCUACUAUCGAGCAAAAAUAUAUUGCAGAGAAAGUUUUUGAUAUCCUUAAGGAAGCUUGGAACAAAUUUAGUAAGGAGGAACUGCGAUGAUAACUCUCAAGAUGGAAGGCAUCAGUGUGAAGGUAAUGAUAUCCUCUGUAAAGACGAGCGGUGUUCUCCACGAUGUGUAUGUUGGUUCUAUACCUGUCAUCAUGUAAUAAAUCCUAUAUGGUAAACUACUACUAUCCUUUCGCAGUCUUGUGGCAUUGUUCAAACUUGAAUUUAUAUGAUCUCUUUAGAGAAGAAUAUGUAGAACAGAGGUUUCUAUAUCCAAAAGAAACGAUUUGCUCUUCUAAUAAAUUGGAUCCUAAUUGCUCUGUUGAAAAAUCAGUCUUACAA